GGUGAGUAAAAUAGUAAGGAAUUAAGACCAAACCCUCUAUGAGUGGAUAAAAAAUAAAAAAAAUUCUCAAAUAAGCAGCCGGCCAUCUUUGGCUUCAUCGUCUAUCUCAUUUCUCUUUCUUUGCAAUUUCCUUCUCUUUCUCUCUCUAGCCAAAAAUGGCUCUGCAACUGUGGGAAACGCUCAAAGAGGCAAUCACCGUUUACACAGGCCUCUCUCCUGCGGCCUUCUUCACAGCUCUUGCUCUUCUUUUUGCUGUUUACUAUGUGAUUUCGGGUCUCUUUGGUCCGUCUGAUCAACAUCUUCAUCAGGAGUCCAGAUCCUCGGAGCACAUGCAGCCUCUUCCACCUCCUGUUCAGCUCGGUGAGAUCACUGAAGAAGAGUUGACGCAGUACGACGGCGCCGAUCCCAAGAAGCCUUUGCUCAUGGCUAUUAAGGGUCAGAUCUAUGACGUCUCUCAGAGCAGGAUGUUUUAUGGACCUGGCGGCCCUUAUGCAUUGUUUGCCGGAAAAGAUGCUAGCAGAGCUCUCGCAAAGAUGUCUUUUGAAGAUAAAGAUCUGACCGGUGACAUCUCUGGUCUUGGUCCAUUUGAACUUGAAGCGUUGCAGGAUUGGGAAUACAAAUUCAUGAGCAAGUAUGUUAAGGUCGGAACUAUCAAGAAGACAGUUCCAGUAACUGAUGGAGCAUCAAAUGGAGAACCCGCUAAAGCUGACAAUGUUGCUAAACCUGCUGAAGAUGGUCCAUCAGAAAGUCCAGCUGUUAAAUCCGAGGAAACACCUACAGGUGAUGAUGCCAAGAAUGAGUAAAUUUAGUUGGUUAUUGAAGCACGGCUAUUGCAAAUCAAGAAAAAAUGGAGGUACUGCAAAGGUGGGAUGUUUUGGUUUGCCGUGCACGUACUUGGUAAAUCAUGUUUCACAUACAAUAUUAUAUUCAUAGUCUAGGAUCUUUAUGUCAUAAUCAUAUUUCCUUAAAUGACUAGUUAAAAUAAUAUUUCAGCAAUAGUAACAACUUUGGGACAUAAGGGUUGCAGUUUCUUUGUGUGCGAUUUGUGUUGAAGGAAUGCUAUAGAGAUGAAUCACAUUUAUAAAAUUGCUUUCUAGCCUUCAUGAUGUA